AUGUCCCCAGCUCAAAGACGCGAGUCCGCUUUGGAGAUCUUGCCAUCAUUUCGACUGGUGCAGACUGGCCAUAGCCUUGUUGGUAGUGUGCCUGCAACAUGCGCCGUUGAAGCAGUAGCCGCAGAUCUUUGCCUUCUUCUCAUGAAGAAUGUGACAACACAGCCCGUCAUCAAGGCUGCCAUCGGUAUGCCCACCCCAAGUCCAACCUUCAGCGCUGUGGAAUCAUCCGAGCCCGUAGAGGAGCUCGAGUUGCUCGAUGUUGUGAUCGCUCCCACAGGGGAUGUCGUAGUGUCGGGAGCCCUUGUUUGUGUCGUUGUCAAGGAUGGCAUGCUUGGUGAUGGUGCGAUUGAUAAUGAUUGGGUUUCCGUUGGCUUGGAUGAGGAACUAGAGCUGGAUGACUCUGGACGGGCGGUCGUGAUGUUGCCGUGGUCGUCCAGGAAUACUCCUCUGCCGGACUGGCAGCAUUGA